CUGCAAAGCGGCGUAGACGGUUGCAGAGACAAAGAGGAAAACUAACUGGUAUAGUGUGAGUGACAGUAGAAAGUUAAGUCAGGCUUCACAAGUAUUUUGUGGUGUGAACUUCCUGCCUUGGCUGUCCUCCUGUGACACAAUCACUCCUCCCUUAAGUUGUGCCAAGAAGGUAUUUUGUUUAAAAACAAGUCAAGCAGCUGAAUCCGUGGGAUGAAAACGCAAAGAAAGCAAAAAAGUGGAAAAAAUAACCAUGCUGAAUUGGUAUGACCAGCUAGUCUAUAUCGGCCUGGAGGUGGUGAUCGCUUGCCUGUCUGUGGCUGGGAACGUCCUGGUCUGCUGGGCUGUCUGCCUCAACUCUAACCUGCAGAGCAUCACCAACUACUUUGUGGUGUCACUGGCAGUGGCUGAUAUUACUGUGGGGCUGCUGGCCAUUCCCUUCGCUAUCACUAUUAGUACCGGCUUCUGUGCCAACUUCUACGGCUGCCUGUUCAUCGCUUGCUUCGUCCUCAUACUCACUCAGAGCUCCAUCUUCAGCCUGCUGGCCAUCGCUGUAGACCGCUAUAUUGCUAUCAAGAACCCACUCAGAUACCACAGCCUGGUGACAGGACAUAGGGCAAAGGGCCUCAUUACAUUGUGCUGGGUUCUCUCAGUAGGCAUCGGCCUGACACCCAUGCUCGGCUGGAACAGAGGUUGGAAUACCACCGCCGCAAUCAACAGCCAAAUCUGCCCUGACGGAAUGACGGAGUGCCUGUUUGAAGGAGUGGUUACGUUGGACUACAUGGUGUAUUUCAAUUUUUUCGGCUGUGUGCUGGUACCCCUUGUGGUCAUGCUGAUCAUCUAUGCCAAUAUCUUUAUGGCUGCUCGGCGUCAGCUCCGGCUGAUGGCGCUGAAAGUUGCGCACACACCCGCUCCUGGAGAAAUAACGUCUUUGUCGAUCUCAUCUCGUUCAACCCUGCAGAAGGAAGUGCAUGCUGCCAAAUCGCUGGCCAUCAUUGUAGGAUUGUUUGCUCUGUGUUGGCUUCCGCUACACAUCAUCAACUGUUUUAACCACCUGUGUCAGGAAUGUGGGCGCGCGCAUAUAUGGUUGAUGAACAUUGCCAUCAUCCUCUCCCAUGCUAACUCUGUUGUGAAUCCCUUCAUCUAUGCUUAUCGCAUUCGGGAGUUCAGACAGACCUUUCGGAGGAUCCUGCAUCAGCACAUCCUCAGGCAGAGGGAUGACUUUAGGGUUGGGAGUGGUGAUGGCAGAAGUGUUGGCAACAGUAGUAUCAUACAGACUUCCUCCCAUACCAGUAGAGAGGGUUCAUCAGGUGGCACAGUGGUGAAUAACUACAUCCUGGACCCCAGUCCUGACCGAACUCCACCAAAAGAUGCUCAUGAAGCCUCUUGUUAUUGGACAUCAACGUUAGAUGCUGCACCAAGCAGCUGCAUACCCAACGGACACCAAAUAAAGGGUAGCACCCUUCCAGCAAUGCAGCAGCAGCCAUGCAUCAUAGAGGAUGGAGUUGAGUCGGUCACACAUCUGAGGGGAACGGAUGUUUUGGAAGUGAAAGACAGUAAAAGUUGCAUUGCUUUUGAGAAUGUUCAGGCUCUCUCCCUAAAACAGACUUGGUCUGACCAACAGAGCUUGCAGAAGUCUCAUAACAAAGAUGUUUAAAAUAUAUUUAUACUGCCAUAAAACAAAAGAGAGUGCAAACGUGACAAUAUGUAGAAGGAUUAAUAUGGCCUCAAUAAAUCAACAGCAACAGCAAAUCUGUUUCUGCCAGGGAAUAUUUUGGCCUGCUUUGUUACUUUUUCUCAUCAACCAUCUCUGAGUUGGGUCACAUCUCCAAGCAAACAACAGAAUUUGUCAAAAGCAAGUGGACGUUUAAAAUGGGCUGAUAAUAACAUUUUCUUGACAUGCAGUCCAAUUACAUCUAUGUGUUCGUUUUCCAAGAUAAAUCUCCCUUUUUUUUUUAGGUUGCAUGCCUUUUAAACAAUGUACACACAAAGACAAAGCAAUACAGAAAACAUUGCUUUAUCAACUGUACUGUAUCUUGCAAUGCGUUUUUAACAG